AUGAAGUCCUUCUCUCCCAUCGCUCUGGCCAUGAUGGCCGCCUUUGGCAUGGUCGCCGCUGAACCUUCUGCCUCUGAGUGUGCUAGCAUGUGUCUCUCCAACAUGGCCAAGAAGGCCUCUGAGUUGGGCUGCAAGGCUGGUGACCUCGCCUGUCUGUGCAAGACCGAUGACUACAAGUUCGGUAUCCGUGAUUGCACCAGCCAGGCCUGCCCCAACGAUGAUGCCCAGAAGGUCCUCGACAUGGCCAUUGCCAAGUGCCCUGGCGGUGUCACUGGCUCUGAGGCUCGCUCCAGCGCUACUUCCGGCUCUGGCUCUGAGUCUACCUCUACUUCAGGCUCCGACUCUGAAUCCACCGCCUCCGCCUCCACCUCUGGUUCUGGCUCCGGUGCUGGUGCCUCUGCCUCUGCUACUGGCUCUGACGCCAGCGCCUCUGCCACUGGCGCUGCCGGCUCUGCCAGCCAAACUGCCUCCGAUGCUAGCGCCUCUGCUACUGGCGCCGCUGGCUCUGCCACCUCCAUGGUGACCAAGACCAGCACCGGUAGUUCCUCCACCUCGACUGGCUCCGGCAGCGGCUCUGACUCCGACUCUGACUCUGGCAACGGCUCCGGUGCCGCUGGUUCCACCUCUGGCUCUGGUUCGGGCUCCGACUCCAACGGCUCUGGCUCCGAGACUGGCUCUGCUGCUCCUUCCAGCACCAGUGAUGGUGCUGCCUCCAUGGCCACCGCUGGCUCCCGCGCUAUGGGUGCCCUCGGCCUGGUCGCUCUUCUCGCUCUGUAA